UGACUCGAUGAUUCGGAGCGUGAUUUGUUUGGUCUGGGGAAAACGCGGCUUGUUUGACAGAUGGGAAGUGGCUCAACAUGAAUGAGUUUCACUUGUUUACUUGUAAAACAAAGAACAAACUGCACCAAAUUCAAAAACUUUCUCGACGUUUUCCAGAACAAUGGCGUCUGUAAUGGAGGAUCCCACCCUUGAGAGACAUUUUAAAGGUCACAAAGAUGUUGUAUCCUGUGCUGAUUUCAGCCCCAAUAAUAAACAGCUGGCUUCUGGAUCCUGUGACAAGAACCUUAUGAUCUGGAACCUCGCUCCAAAAGCAAGGGCGUUUAGGUUUGUGGGUCACACGGACGUCAUUACAGGUGUUCAUUUUUCUCCAAGCGGUUCUUUGGUGGCAUCUUCAUCCAGAGAUCAGACAGUUCGACUCUGGACACCCAGCAUAAAGGGCGAGUCAACUGUAUUCAAAGCACACACAGCGAGCGUUCGAAGCGUUCAUUUCUCCAGCGAUGGCCAAAGGCUGGUCACGGCCUCAGAUGACAAGUCUGUGAAAGUGUGGGGUGUCGAACGGAAGAAAUUCCUCUACUCUCUAAACCGGCACACCAACUGGGUACGCUGUGCGAGGUUUUCACCAGAUGGUCGUCUCGUUGCUUCCUGUGGCGAUGACAGGACGGUUCGCCUCUGGGAUACAUCCGCGCGUCAGUGCAUAAACGUUUUCACAGACUACGGCGGGUCAGCGACAUUUGUGGACUUCAAUUCCAGUGGCACAUGCAUUGCAUCAUCAGGAGCGGACAACACAUUAAAAAUCUGGGAUAUUCGUACAAACAAGUUAAUACAACAUUACAGAGUUCAUAGCGCAGGGGUCAACGGCUUUUCCUUCCAUCCAUCCGGAAACUAUCUGAUCAGUGGUUCGAGUGACAAUACAAUGAAGAUCUUGGACCUGCUGGAGGGGAGGCUCAUCUACACCCUUCACGGCCACAAGGGUCCAGUGUUGGCUGUGACGUUUUCUCGAGAUGGAGAUCUGUUUGCUUCAGGAGGUGCUGACUCUCAGGUUCUAAUGUGGAAGACCAACUUUGAUUCACUGAACUACAGAGAGCUGUUGAGCAGGCAUAGCAAACGAGUCACUCCAGAUCCCCCUCCACACCUGAUGGACAUUUACCCUCGAUCGCCUCACCGACACUAUGCUCAAAAUGGCACAGUAGAGAUUAACCCCAUUGUUGCUGAUACUCAGUCUGGUGACCCUCAGGUGGUUGAAGUGGGACGUGUUCUUUUCUCCGCAGCGGAUGUAAGGAGCCAUGAUAUUGGCACAAGCAGCAGAGAUCAGCACAUCUCAGGUAUUGACUCAGGUCCAGCUCGGACUCAUAAUCGACCCAAAGAUGGGGAGGAUGAAGAAGAAAGGUUUCCUGGUGGCAUGACAGCAUCUGCAGCGGAGCACUCUGGUAUCCCAUCAAACCUUACUAGCACUCUGGAGAACAUUGUACAGCAGUUGGACAUCCUGACCCAGACCGUUGCUGUCCUCGAGGAGCGUCUUACACUGACCGAAGACAAACUGAGGACAUGCCUGGACAACCAGGUCCUGCUUUUGCAACAGACACAACAAGUGGACCGAUCUGACGAGGAAACCGAAGGAUCAUCUGUGUGAGGGAUACCCAACCCCAGUGGUCCUCACUUCAAUGGUAACUUCCUCUGGCCUGCAGAGGGGGACCAAAUCCCUUAUUCUUUUUUCAUUUUAGCUUAAAGACAUCCAGCUGUGUCAUUCCAAAUGAGGACAUUGGACUUAACAAUGCAAAAAUAAGGACACAAGAUGAAAAGACUGAAAGCUGGAUGAGGGUAGGGCAGAUGGGGGAUUUGAGGGAUCGUACAGCAGUCUCACCCAAAAAAAUGUCAUGUUAAGAGGACAGCUGCAGCUAAGACAACAUCCCAGUCAUGGUUUCACAGCAGCGAGGGAAGAGACUGAAAGAAUAGACAUACAUGCACAGAUUUUUACUGUAUCCAAAGGUUUGUGUCUGCUGCAUGUGUUAUGUAAAUUUAGACCAUUAUGAAUGAAGUACAGCUCAAGUCUUUGAUGCGAUUGUGUCCCAGGCAGCAUGAAUGGCUUGUGCAUGUGUAUGUAAGAGAGAGAGAGAGACUGAGUAAGUGUCCUCAGAGACACUCGCAGUCUUGUUUACUCUUUCUCAAUCAGUCGCAGCCUUGUGGCUUUCCUCUGGCUGGAGGUCAGACGGAAGUAGGGAGCCAAUCGACAGAAGGCCCAGCGGUGCUUGUUUGCUUUGUGUACCGCAUCCGUCUGUGUGCAGGAGCUCUACUUAAGUCUUCACCACAGUCUUGUAUAAAAACAAAGCAUCCAACGGCAGUGAAAGAAAUAAUGUACCUGAUAUCUUCAACAUAAUGGUAUAUUAAACUGUAUAGAUAUGCA